GACUGAUUCUCAGCAGGUUAAAAGGUAAGCAAACAACCCAAAAAUCCCUCUUUUGUGUUUGAGCCUGUUGUGGUGACGGCUAAUGUGAAAAAACUGGAGUCAUAUCACUGAACACUUGCCUCCACUACAUUGUUACAGCAAAUGAGGUUCAAGUCAUCAAAGAACCAUCCUACCACAGAGACAGAUAUAACCUUGUGUCACUAAGAAGAAACCUAUUCAGAAUGACUGUGGACACAAAACCUGAGCCUCUUUUCCAAAUGGAUAAUCAUGUUAAAAAUUCAAAAGAGGAGGCAACACAAAAAUGCUGCACCUCCAGCUUGAAGAAGUUCCUGAUUGCCUUAUCUUUUACAUACUUCUGUAAGGCACUGUCUGGAAGCUACAUGAAGAGCUCUAUUACACAGAUAGAAAGAAGAUUUGAAAUCCCCAGUUCUGUUAUUGGAGUUAUUGAUGGAAGCUUUGAAAUGGGUAACCUUCUGGUCAUGGCAGUCAUUAGUUAUUUUGGUGCAAAAUUUCACAGACCCAAAAUAAUAGGUGCUGGCUGUACAUUGAUGUCAGUGGGAACACUGCUCAUGGCUCUGCCUCAUUUCUUUAUGGGACACUAUAAGUAUGACUCUGCAGUAUCAACCUCAGCCAAUUCCACCAUCAGUGCCCCUUGCCUGAGCCCAUCAAGUGAACUCUUUGACACAGAGGAUCCUUCAUCAUCAGUACUCAUCCCAGGUUGUAAGAGCCAUGGAGGCUCGUCGAUGUGGAUUGCUGUUCUUCUGGGCAAUGUGCUCCGAGGAAUUGGUGAGGCAACGAUAAUACCCUUAGGAGUGUCCUAUAUCGAUGAUUUCACAACACCAGAGAAUUCAGCUUUCUAUAUUGGAAUAUUGCACACCAUUGCCGUAAUAGGGCCUUUGUUUGGUUUUACCCUGGGGUCCUUUUGUGCCAAACUCUACGUAGAUAUUGGUUUCAUCAAUCUGGAUUCUGUUACAAUCUCCAUGAAGGAUGCUCGAUGGGUAGGUGCUUGGUGGUUGGGCUUCAUCAUUGCAGGAGGGCUGUCCUUGCUUUCAGCUCUCCCCUUCUGGUUUCUGCCUAAAUCUGUGCCUGAAGAGGAAGUAGAUGGCAAGGGGACAACCACAGAAACAAUGGAGCAUCCGUAUUCCCCAGAACAGCAAAGCAAAGAUCAUGCAUCGGGGCAGCAAGAACCGCUUUCAGACAUCAUCAAAGAUUUCUUGCCCUCCAUAAAAAGGUUGUUAACAAACAAAACAUACUUCUUGUAUCUGAUUACAAACAUUGUAAUGUUCAAUGCCUUCAUCAUAUUAAUAACAUACUCACCAAAAUACUUUGAGCAGCAGUUUGGAGAAUCUGCAUCUAAAACAAACUUUUUCAUUGGAGUCACCAAUAUGCCUGCUAUUUCUCUGGGCAUUUUAUGCAGUGGGUUUAUAAUGAAAAAAUUCAAACUGGAUGUCUAUAAUGCCGUGAAGUUGGGCCUACUGACAAGCAUUCUUGCAUUACUUGCUACGUUGCCUCUUUUUGCAUUGAGCUGUAGGAAUUCAGACAUAGCUGGAGUGACUGUCUCCUAUGAAGGAGUGCCUGCUGUCCAGCCGAGCAACCUGCUGUCUACCUGUAACUCGGACUGCCAUUGCUCUACGUCUCAGUGGGACCCAGUCUGUGGUGAAAAUGGUCUCACCUACAUUUCUCCCUGUUUAGCAGGAUGCAAACAAUUGCAAGGAUUUGGAAAAAAUACGACAUAUCAGGACUGCAGGUGUAUUGCAUCUUUCCCAUCAGGAGCUUCUAACUUCUCCUCCACACUGGGACAAUGUCCACGAGACAAAAAUUGCUCCAAGAUGUUUAUCUAUUACUUUGUUUUCCAGUCCCUCAGCUUUUUUCUCUACUCUCUGGGAAGUGUUCCCAUGUAUAUGCUUAAUCUAAGGUGUGUUGAACCAGAACUAAAAUCAUUGGCUAUUGGCAUUUUCACAAUGACCCUGAGAUCAUUAGCUGGGAUACCAGCCCCCAUUUAUUUUGGGGCCAUUAUUGACUCUGUUUGCAUGAUCUGGGGAGUCAGAAAAUGUGGAGGAAGAGGAGCAUGUCGGAUGUACCAGAUGGAUAAUUUCAGGUACCUCUUCCUGGGAAUGAUCUUGGGAUUCCGCCUCUUGGGUUUUGUCUUUUGUGGAUUUGUCAUUUUACGAAUUAAAAAGAAAUUUAAAAAUGAUCAAAAAGAAUCACCUGCAGAGGUCCAGCUCAUGGUCAAAAUGGACACAGAAGGCAGACCCUGUGGGGUAAACAUAGACCACCUGGCAGAGAAGGAAUUAUAGGCCAGUGCUUAGAAACUUUUCUUUUUACCUGGAACUUUUUAAAAAAUAUUUGUCAACUGUUAAUCUUAUAGUUUUAAUUACAGUACACAAAGUGGAAUGGAGGCAUCAUACAUUGGGACCGAGAGCAAAAGAAGAGGCGGAAGCCCAUCUCUGAUGCCUAAAUGCAUGCAGUUCAGAGACUCUCCAAAGUGGUCAGAGUUUGGACCUAUCUGAACUCUAAAGAAACAGAAUUUGCUAAUUGAAAAUGAAAAAUGGGUUUUAGAUUUGCUUUUAUGACUGAGCAUUUAUAUUGUGUGGAGUGUGUAGUGAUUCAAAAAUCCAAGUGUGCCAUGAGGAAGAUUCCUUUAAAUCAUUUUUAUUAAAAAUGUAUUUAGCAAAAACCUAGUGGGCUGACAUGAAAGCAGAAAUUUCUUUUGUGUAUGUUGGAAAAAAGUAUCAUAAUUUCUACUGACAUUUUGGCAGCCAUUUAGAGCUGCCUGAAGUGGUGAACAAAGAUUUUUUUUCUCAAAACAAGUAUAAAUAAAAAAGUGAAGUCAUCCAUCUACCACUUCCCACCAAGGUUUCUCCAAAACAAUUCCAUGCAGUUGAUACUGUUAUUGUGAAAAAUCAAACACAGAAGGUUCAGCUUAGGGGUUUGGGGGGACAAAAACCUUUGAUAGUUGUAGCACUUACUCACCUAUUAUCCAGAGUCUCCAUGUUAAGAAUAUUGGACUCUCCAUAUACAGUGUUGUGUGGUGUGGUGGGCCUAUCCCUGCAACAGCAGACACAAGAAAAGAAAAAGUCCUGGACAAUCUGCUUGUUCGCUUUAAGGCUCAGUCACUCAUUAACUCACCUACACUCACACUUACGCAAAACUUAAAAGUAAUCAAUAAACGUAGACUGUACUUCUGGGCCAGGGUUUGAAGUCAGGAAUCUGGAGCUGAGAGGCAGCAAGCCUAACCUCUGAAAUGUUGUGCCACAAAAAAAUUAAAUUAAAAAUAGUAAAUAGAUGGAGCUGGUUUGGAGUAGAAUGGAUAAGGGUUCUGUUUUAUCACACGAGUGUUUAAAUCCUGCUCAUCUGUCUAGUUUCAGCCCUCCCAAAUCAUGUUUAUGUGUGUCACACACACUCAGUGCCAAGCUAUGUGUUAAUGUAUAACUAGGUCAGUACAUUUUGUUCACAUCCCUAGUUGCACCAGCUGCCGACAAGAAAGGUCCUUGCAUCAUGUGACACUGAAAUGGAAAAAAACAGGUUGACAUUGUAAAACACUGUCUCCAUUAUUAUUCUGCCAUUGGCUAGACCACCUUCCACACACCACGCUUCGUAUCUACUCUACUCACACCCCAUUCUUUCAAAUAUGUAAAGCAUUUCAAUUCAGACCUCUUUUUCUGCCUCACUCCGCAAUGUCCGUGCAACGUGGCUGUAGAGAGCUUAAACAACUUGGCACAUCCACAUACAAACGACAAGGGGUGAGCUUUCUGGAAGGCUUUUACUGGACGUACCUCGUUGUAAACUGAAAUAUAUACAAAAGAAACAUACAGGUAUAUACAGGUGUAGAACCAAAGACAAUAAAUAACGAUUACACAUAGCAGACAGUAUACAUUAAACAAUAAAGUUUUUAUUAAAGACACUUACAAGGCGAGUGAUUUCCACAGUUGGAUCAAGACAAAGAAAAGCGCGUAGACAUAGGUUCAAAUUGCUGCGUAGCACAACUAACCAGACCCAGGGGUUUAUAUACCUUAAAGAUACGCUUCAGACGUGACCGAAACAAGAGAUAAAGGAGUGCCUAAAUGAGACACAUGGGGUGGAAAUGAUUUAAAUGUUUAUUAUGGGACCUAAGAGCUUUACGUGAGUUUCAUAGACAUUUAUUGACACCACUGUGAGUGUGGGACUUGACUGACAGGUGUGUUGAUAAAUGAAAAGAUGAAGGGGAGCACAGCUCAACAAAUAACAGCUAACAGCUAACAACAUGUGGGGCAGAACACCUCUCCUUUCUGAACCUAAUUGCACCAACAACUCUGAAGUUGUAAACAAGCUAUGUCCAACAGUUUAAUCAAAUAAAAUAAUAAAAAGAAAGAAAUGCGUGUAUAUGUCUAUCUUCUGAAAUAAAAACCCUUAAAAACA